AUGGGCGACGAGCGCGUGAAGGCGGAGGCGCUGCAGAUCCUGGGCCUGUUCCAGGUGCUCCCCCGCCUCGUCGUCUUCGACCUCGACUACACCCUGUGGCCCUUCUACUGCGAGUGCCGCUCCAAGAGGGAGUCGCCCAGCCUGUACCGCCACGCCAAGGGCAUCAUGUGCGCGCUCAAGGAGAAGGGGGUCGACAUGGCCAUUGCGUCGCGCUCGCCCACCUCCGAUAUCGCCAGGGUCUUCAUUGACAAGCUCGAGCUCCAGCCCAUGUUCGUCGCACAGGAAAUAUUCUCCAGCUGGACUCACAAGACGGAGCAUUUCCAAAAGAUCCACAGAAAAACUGGGGUUCCGUACAAGUCCAUGCUGUUCUUUGACGACGAGGACAGGAAUAUUCAAUCGGUAUCGAAAAUGGGAGUUACAAGUGUUCUAGUAAACAACGGAUUGAAUCUCGACAUGUUUAAGUUGGGCCUCAGUAAUUUCGCUACUACUGUUGCUGCACCUGAACCCACACCUGCACCAGAGGACAAUUGA